AGUAGCUGGGAUUACAGGCAUGUGCUAUUGUGCCCAGCUUCCAAUUGUCUUCUUUAGGAAGUUCUGCCAAGUUUCAUCUUUUUCCAGGCUUCAGUGUGAUCUUAAGUCCUCAGCAAUGAACUUGACCUCUGGGCUUUGAAGACAGGUAUUUUCCACCAUUGUAUCCCCAGUGCCUAUCACAGGCUUUGUCAUAUAAGGGGAUUUGCCAGCCCCUUCACUAACUGGCCCAGUGUGGCUCUCCACCAUUAGGGAGUGCAGUAGGAGAAACAGAAAGUACUAUCUAUGUUUUCAGGGGGGUCUUUUGGUAAAGAGGAAAUAAAAGAGAAGGAUUAGGAAUGUCUCCCUGGGAGAGACAGAGUGUUUGGUCUGGGAAGAAGCGUAGAGGUUCUUGUGUUUGUAGUAGGCUUUGAAGGGUGAAAAGGAGAUCUCCAGAUCUACAAGGGCCAAAAAGGACAUUCCAGAGGGUGCACCAAGACCUCAGAUGUAAUAAGACCUGGUGUGCACAGGGAGAGGUGAGGAGCCUGGGAUGGCUGGAAGUUCAUGGAGUUCCUGUCACAUACCAGCAAUUUGUGAGUCUACCAAAUCUUCAAAAAAUCUCUUGAGCCAUCAAAAUCAUUUUAUGAGAGGUAGGAUGACAUAGCUUCAAAUCCUAGUUUGACCACCUCCCAGAUGUUGUGACCUUGGACUACUCAUUUAUCCUCUACCUCACCUUCCUCAUCUGUACAAAGAAGAUAAUGUCUCAACAUGGUUUGGAGGUUUGUCCUCCCUCUCUAUCUGCCAACAUCCUGUAUUAGAAGAAUUGGUGGCCGGAGGUGUGACUGAAGAGCUGGCCGGGAAGGGACACUGCCCAGCUGCUGCUCUUCUCCUGUCUCCCAUCCCCUCCGCUGGCCAUGACAGAGACUCGGGAGCCAGCUGAGACGGGGGGCUACGCCAGCUUAGAAGAAGAUGAUGAAGACCUCUCCCCAGGCCCUGAGCAUUCCUCUGACUCCGAAUAUACUCUCUCAGAGCCGGAUUCCGAAGAAGAAGAAGAUGAGGAGGAGGAGGAGGAGGAGACCACUGAUGAUCCCGAAUAUGACCCGGGCUACAAGGUGAAGCAGCGCCUUGGGGGAGGCCGGGGAGGCCCGUCUCGCCGGGCCCCCCGUGCAGCCCAACCCCCAGGUCCCCCAGCCCAGCCUUGCCAGCUCUGUGGCCGCUCACCGCUUGGGGAGGUCCCACCGGGCACCCCACCUUGCCGGCUCUGCUGCCCUGCUACAGCUCCCCAGGAAGCACCAGCCCCUGAAGGGAGGGCCCUCAGGGAGGAAGAGGAGGAGCCACCCCGAGCUGGGGAGGGACGGCCAGCUGGGCGGGGGGAGGAGGACGAUGAGGAGGAGGAGGGCACUUACCACUGUACAGAGUGCGAGGACUCCUUUGACAACCUCGGCGAGCUCCACGGCCACUUCAUGCUGCAUGCCCGGGGUGAGGUGUAGGCAGAGCCCCCCACCCAGGGAGCUGGGCAGAGGGGUGGGGUGGGAGGAGGGGGCUGAGGAAGCCAGCUGGUCAUGGGGAGUGGGGUACCGCUGAUCUGUGUUGUCUUAGUCGUAGACAUGUGAAGGCCGGAAUAAAAGGCAAAUUCUGU